ACCCCCAUCAGCUGGGGGGUAACACACCCGUGACACCACUCUCCAUCCUCAGCACCCCCACUGGGAACAGCCUCAGCGCCGCUGAGCUCACCUGUGGGAUGAUCCUGUGCUUGGCCAGGCAGAUCCCGCAGGCAGCUGCCUCCAUGAAGGAGGGCAAGUGGGACCGUAAGAAGUACAUGGGCAUGGAGCUGAACGGGAAGACAUUGGGCGUGCUGGGGCUGGGGCGCAUCGGCAGGGAGGUGGCCACCCGCAUGCAGGCUUUUGGCAUGAAGACCAUAGGCUACGACCCCAUCAUCACCCCCGAAGUCUCGGCUACCUUUGGCGUGGAGCAGCUGCCGCUGGAGCAGAUCUGGCCCCGCUGUGACUUCAUCACAGUGCACACCCCACUGCUGCCCUCCACCACAGGUACGGGGCGGGUGCUGGUGUGGGCACUGGGGGGUUUGAGGAGGGCUGGGGCUUUAAAUGUCCCCCUCUGGCCUCCCCGAUGAGUGCCAGGAGCUAAUGGCAGGACGGGACUGUGUUGGCAGGAGCCCCCGAAGGAUCGUGACCUGGUGAACCACCCCAAUGUCAUCUGCUGCCCACACCUGGGUGCCAGCACACAGGAGGCACAGAGCCGCUGUGGCAAGGAGAUCGCCAUGCAGAUCGUGGACAUGGCCACGGGAAAGGGGCUGGCCGGCGUAGUCAACGGGCAGGCUCUCAGCAAGGCUUUCGCACCCCAGACCAAGCCCUGGAUCACCCUGGCCAAGGCCCUGGGCUCGGUGCUGCGCCUGGUGGGGAAGCAAGCGCAGGGCAGUGUGCAGGUCUGCACCCUAGGGACACCUCUGCAGGAGGCAGGAAGCUACCUGACGCCCGCUGUAGCCGCGGGCAUGCUGGCCGGAGGGGCGCAGAAGGAGGUGACCCUGGUGAAUGCCCUGCUGCUGGCCCAGGAGGCUGGGCUGAAGGUCACGACCACCCACAGCAACGUGGCCCCUGAGCCCGAUGGCAGUGCCGGCUUGGUGCAGGUGUCCCUGCAGGGCACCCCACACCGGGUAGUGGGUACGGUGCAGGGCAGCACCCCGGUGCUGCGGGAGCUCAAUGGGGCCACCUUCAAGCAGCCAGCCCCGGUGGCUGGCCCCAUCCUCAUCUACAGAGCCAAAGCCUCCGAGCCCAGCAUGCUGCCUACGCUCACUGGGCUGCUGAGAAAGGCAGGGAUCCAGCUCCAGUCCUACCACAGCUCUGGCGUGGUAGCAGGGGAGCAGUGGAGCGCUGUGGGGCUCUCAGCCCCCUUGUCUGACCUCAGCGAGUUGAAGUCACACGUCAUGGAGGUCUUCCAGCUCCACCUGUAG